CUUUGUCUCCGGCCCAAAAUUUCGACACUAGUGGUUGUGUAUUUUUUCCCUUUAGUUUUGAGGAUAUAUUUACAGAUAUAUCCAUAGUUUUCUGGUAUUGAAUGACAGUCGACUCUGAAAUAUUUAUGCCUAAAAGUAAAGCGCCAAAAAUGGAUGACCUGGACUACAUCCCUGUAGACCUUAGCCCAGAGGAGCGCUCUGAGCUGGAGGACAUCCGCAGGAGGAAGGGCGUCCUGCUGCAGGAGAUCCAGAGGCUUAGGGAGGAAUUAAGAGAGGCAAUUUUGGAGGUGGAGGGUCUGGAGACCAGCACAGAGGGCAGUAAAACUCUACAGAAAAGUAGGCAUGUGGCAAUGGGGAGGAAGAAAUUCAACAUGGACCCUAAAAAGGGCAUUGUGUUUUUGGUGGAGAAUGAGCUGCUCAGACACACUCCAGAAGACAUCGCUCAGUUCCUCUACAAAGGAGAGGGCCUCAACAAGACUGCUAUAGGAGAUUACCUUGGAGAAAGGGAUGACUUCAACAUCAAAGUUCUUCAGGCUUUUGUUGACCUCCAUGAGUUCACUGAUCUCAACCUCGUCCAGGCCCUCAGACAAUUCCUGUGGAGUUUCCGUCUGCCUGGUGAAGCCCAGAAGAUUGACAGAAUGAUGGAGGCCUUUGCUCAGAGAUACUGUCAUUGCAAUCCUGGCGUCUUCCAGAGCACUGACACAUGUUAUGUGCUGUCAUUUGCCAUCAUUAUGCUGAACACGAGCCUUCAUAACCCAAAUGUGAGGGACAAACCAGGAGUGGACCGUUUCAUCUCAAUGAACCGAGGCAUAAACGAAGGGGGAGACCUGCCUGAGGAGUUGCUCAGAAAUCUCUACGAAAGUAUUAAAAAUGAGCCCUUCAAGAUCCCAGAGGACGACGGCAACGACCUCACACACACUUUCUUCAACCCGGACAGAGAGGGCUGGCUUCUUAAACUUGGAGGACGAGUGAAAACCUGGAAACGGCGAUGGUUUAUUCUUACAGACAACUGCCUUUAUUACUUUGAAUACACCACAGAUAAGGAACCACGAGGGAUCAUUCCCUUGGAAAACCUCAGCAUCCGUGAGGUAGAAGACCCAAGAAAACCUAACUGCUUCGAGCUAUACAUCCCCAACAACCGUGGUCAGCUGAUUAAGGCGUGUAAGACGGAGGCUGAUGGGCGCGUAGUGGAAGGAAACCACAUGGUGUACCGUAUCUCCGCUCCCACACCUGAGGAGAAAGAUGAAUGGAUCCACAGCAUCAAAUCUGCUGUCAGUGUUGACCCCUUCUACGAAAUGCUUGCUGCCCGGAAGAAACGUAUAUCACUGAAGAAGAAGGAGGAGCAACCGUAGACCCUUUCUCUCCCCUCCCUGUCUUCCUUUGUCCUUCCCAUCCAUCCCUCCAACACUGGACAUUUCACCCUUGCUCCUCCCUACCUCUUCACAAGUUUUGUUAGCCCUUCUUUCCGCAUCCUCGAACGCACCCUCAGCGGACUCGCUGCUGUCCUGUCUUGAAAACCACAUUCGGAGUGAAGCACUCACCUACUGUGGCUGCCUCCUCUUCUUCUCUUGGUUCUUACACCACUGCUGUAACACACAACCUGACACACAACAGCCAGAGCACACCGUCUGUCCCGUCUUUUCACCACAUUCCUCGGCGAAACGUGUCUUGGACCAUAUUCACACUAUUGUGAUGUAAUUUUCUCUUCUCUUGCCAUUUUAGCACAUAUGGCUGAAUUUUAGACCAGUAUCUGAAAAAGCUAUGCGUGUACCGAAAUCAUGCAUCUUUUUGACAUUUACCUCUGCGUUAGUGUGAACAUGGUCUCAUUCAGGGUGGUGAGCAGCUUCAGUUCGUGUGAAGUACUCUUUCACAUUUGUUGAUGCCACCUACGUGCGAAAUAGCCUUUCUUGAUUGUGCUCACCCCAGACAAAACAUGAACUCACUGAUCAAACACUAACAUCACUUAUUUCCAGUUAGUGUUGAGCAGACGAUAGAGGCAUUUGAGUCAUAAAGAUUCAUGUGCCCGUUGCUUCCUAUAGUACUCUUCAUGGCUUUAGUACACAUUACUACUGUCUACACUUAGAUACUGUAAGCAUUAUGUGAGGAAAAUGCCACUGUUCUUUUCUCUUUAUACUGACACUACGUUUAUACCGCCAAGUUACUGUUGAUCUUCAAAUAUGGUCGGGUCUCGAGGCGCAGAGGUUGCUGUACUUGCAAAAUGAAUGGAGGCAAAAACAAGCAGCUUCUCUCCUUCCAGAUAGCUGCUUGUUCCAGCUCACUGAGUCAAUCUAUGUUCUUCAGCAUGUUUCUUAACAUGUUUACGCAAUAGCAGAGAAAACUGUAGCUCCAGUCUGGACGCUUGCUAACAAAUCCUUUAUAACACUCUACUGAGCAAUGAUCACCGCGUCCUCUCAGAUAUGAUGUUCUCGCAUGCCACAAGUCAUCUCCUUCUUGCUCAACACUACAAUCUCACGACAUCUCUCUCACACCUAAGAACUCUGUCAGACAUUUAACCGUUAGAGCCUGGUCUGUCCGCAAUAGUGAGUUUCAAGAAAUCACAAAGGCAGCUCAUUACAAUGUAUACUUUUUGUAAAUAGUUGUUAGCAUAUUUGUUUACGACACACAUAGAAAUGAUUUAAUUUAUUCUUGAUCUUUUGUUAAAAUCUGAUUUUUUUUGUACGAGCUACUGUAGGACUGCAUGUUGAUAAACUGAGGUGUCAGCUGUAGGUGCUGAUGCAUCAAUGAUCAUGCUAGUGCACUGAUUUGAGAAGUGUUAGUGUUCCCUGUUGACUUGGAAAAAUUGAAUUUAGUGUGCAAGUUGAUUUAUGCAUAGAGUAAAUUGUCUUAAUUGUAGUUUGUUUGGAAAAUAAGAAGAUAUUUAGGAGAUGUUUAGUAGUCUGGUUUGCCUCUUGACCAACCUGGUGGUUUUUUGAGUAAAACAGACUCAGUUAAAGCACAAAGAAGUCUCACACUCUGUUAAUGUCCAGUUUUUACUUCACUGGCUGCUCACUGUCCACUUGAAGGGUGAGGUGAAGAUAGCUGAAAUUGAAAUAUUCCCAUCGUACCACAGUGAUAUAAAUGAAGAGACAACAAAACAAGGAACACUAACAAUGCUUUGAUUCAUUAUGUACAAGUAAACAUAUUCAGAUGUAAUGAAUCAGUAAAAAAUUUAGAUUUGUGUCCAGUGAUAGAUUUUGCUUGACAUCCAGUUCAUAAACUUAUUUCUACUAGUUUAAUGAAUUGGCAUUUUUAGAUGGUAGUAAAAAUAAUUGUCUACUGCACUUUAUCAAUUUUAGCAUUUUGGAGAAAAUGCUGCUACUUUGACUGACAAUAUUCCAAGACUCUGUAGCACCCUCUUCUGGUGAUCCACACACACUGCAAUAUGCUGAAGGAUGAAUCCAUGAACUGCGCAGAAAUACUGUAUACCGCUACCACCUGGUCAGGGCCAGCUAUAGCAGCAACACUCUGACCAGCAUGUACUGUAUUAACCUUAGUUUGUUCACUUGAUAAAUAUGUUGUUUGAGGCUGAAUGGAGUCUCUGUGAUCAGAACAUGUGGACCUUGUUUUAAAGACACAGCAAGUGAUUGGUCCUUCAAAUACAGAUGUGGGAUUGCCUUUUACCUGACAAAGGCCUAACUUUAUGUCUCCAUGUUAGUGCUUCUUCACAUGUUUGUAGGCCUUCACCUUCUGGUUAUUCUUGAAGUGCAAAGUUGCCAAAAAAACUGUUGGGACAACAAAUGUUUCCAUUAGAACAAAAGAAUGAACACUGAAAUGAUCAGACUGAAACUGGACCUCUGUUUCUGAUUCUUGUGACCCCCGGAGCCACCUCUCUCAGAAACUGUUUUUAUUUUCUAUUUAUUUAUUUUUAUUUACUGUGAGGUGAAGAUCGAUAGAUCAUCUGUAAAUGUAGCAAAAGGAAAACCACGAUACAUUGGUGCCAGUAAACUACUGUGUAACAAUAAACGGUAAA